AUGAUGGCCAGGUGGGCCCUGGUGAUGCUCAUGGUCCUGUUUGUCUCAGGGACCCCUGUCCCCACCUCCCAGCUCCUCCCUCAGAACCAUCUGGAGACUCUUCCCUACUCUGUGGCCGUGGAGAGCCACUCAGCUGCCACCACAGGGCCCUCAGCUUCCUGGACCGACUCCAAAGCUAACCCUCACCUGGACACGCGUGUCACACUCUCCCUGGAUGUCCCCAUCGGCCUCCUGCAGAUCUUACUGGAGCAGGCUCGGACCAAGGCUGCCAGGGAUCGGGCUGCCACUAACGCCCGAAUACUAGCUCGUGUUGGCCGCCGCUGA